UGAAGCCUGGGAAAUAUAAAAGAAGGAAGAGGCCGUUGAAAAGACGGUAAAUGUUUGUGCAGUGGGAUCGUUAUAUUACAUUGCUCCCUCCCUGUCCUCGUCCCUGCAAUCUAGGGUUCUUGGAAUAUACAGUAACGUGUUUUAGGCUUUUCAUUUGAUUUGUUUGAUUUCCCCGUCACUGCUCCUCGAGUUCGAUCUCUUCAAUUAAGGGUUUGAAUUCGAGAUCUUCAUUGUACCUCGGGUCAAUAAAAUCCACCAUGACAAUCGCUGAUUCAGUUUUUCCGAUGGACAAUGGGGAGAGUUGCUUACCGCUUCCACCAGAGGAAGAAAACCGGAUCGUGUCCGAUUUGAUCAAGGAAUCGGAGCUUAAUUUGAAAGAAGGAAACUUAUACUACGUUGUUUCUAAUAGGUGGUUUUCAAAGUGGCAGAUGUAUGUUGGGCCUUGUGUUGGUAUGCUGUCAACUGACAUGCCAUCUUCUGAUGGACAGCAUGCUAACACGGUUCACUCGCAGAUUGCAGAUAGACCUGGGCCAAUUGAUAAUUCUGAUAUUAUUUCAAAUGGAGAUAAUUGUGAUGACAAUAAUGUAGAUAUUCAUCGAAUGUUGGAAGAGGGGACAGACUAUGUUUUAGUUCCUCAAAAAGUGUGGGAAAGGCUGUUGGAAUGGUAUAAAGGUGGACCAGCAAUACCAAGGAAGUUGAUAUCUCAGGGUAAUGGACAGAAGCAAUACGGUGUUGAGGUUUACCCACUUAGUCUAAAGGUGACAGAUGGCAGGGAUAAUAGUGAGACAAUUGUAAAAUUAAGCAAAAAGGCUACCAUAAGUGAACUUUAUGAGCUGGUGUGCAAAAUUAAAGGAGUAGAACAGAACAAGGCCUGUAUUUGGGAUUACUUCAAUUUGAAGAGAGAUUCAUUGCUUGUUGCCUCAGACAAGACGUUGGAGGAAGAAAACUUGAUGAUGGAUCAAAAUAUUCUUCUAGAAGCAUCACUUGAUAGAGAUCGUUCUUCUCAUUCUGGCAUGGAUUCAAUGGGAAAUGUAUUAGCUUUGGUACCGUUAGAACCUCCAAGGUCAUCUGUGUCAAUUGCAGGGGGACCUACCAUGUCAAAUGGUUACUCUGCGGGGUCUAGUUUCACUUCGUAUCAGGGAAGUUCUGUAAGUUCAUCAUUGACUAAUAUGGAUGAUAAGUAUGAUGUCUAUAGAGGUGAAAGGGGUGGUUUGGCAGGACUGCAGAACUUGGGGAAUACCUGCUUCAUGAAUAGUGCUAUUCAAUGUUUAGUCCACACUCCGCCUCUUGUUGAAUAUUUCUUACAAGAUUACACUGAGGAAAUCAACAUGGACAAUCCUUUAGGAUUGCGUGGUGAGUUAGCACUUGCAUUCGGUGACUUGUUGAGGAAACUAUGGUCCUCAGGGCGAACUGCUAUUGCACCCCGUACAUUCAAGGGAAAAUUGGGCCGAUUUGCUCCACAAUUCAGUGGUUAUAACCAGCAUGAUUCUCAAGAAUUGCUUGCCUUUUUGUUGGAUGGACUGCAUGAAGAUUUGAAUCGUGUGAAACAAAAGCCUUACAUUGAAAUGAAGGACUCAGAUGGUAGGCCAGAUGAGGAAGUCGCAUAUGAGUGUUGGAAAAAUCAUAUGGCUCGGAAUGAUUCAUUGAUUGUUGAUGUAUGCCAAGGUCAAUACAAGUCAACACUGGUUUGUCCAGUCUGUGGCAAAAUUUCAAUCACUUUUGAUCCCUUCAUGUACUUAUCAUUACCACUGCCUUCCACUGUCACCCGGACAAUGACAGUGACUGUUUUUUAUUGUGAUGGGACUGGUCUUCCCAUGCCAUACACCGUGACAGUUCUGAAGCAUGGUUGCUGCAGAGAUCUUUGCCAAACAUUGGGCACUGCAUGCUGCUUGAAGAGUGAUGAAAUGCUUUUACUUGCAGAGGUUUAUGAUCAUAAGAUUUAUCGAUACCUAGAGAACCCAUUGGAAUCACUCACUUCAAUAAAGGAUGAUGAACAUAUUGUGGCAUAUCGACUCAAAAGUGGAGCCCGGAAAACAAAACUAGAAAUAAUGCAUCGAUUUAUGGAUAAUAUGAAGGGUGGAGACAGGAAGCUCUUUGGAACUCCCUUGGUUACGUAUUUGGUAGAAGACCCUCAAUAUGGAGCCAACAUUGAGACGUGUGUACAUAAAAUGUUGGCGCCAUUAAGAAGAGCAUAUUCUUCAACUAAGUCUCAUGAUGGGAAGGAAAAUGGUUUCAUCUCAGCUGACAGUGAUGAGCAAUCAAACAUCUGCAAUACUCACAGUGAACCAAGGAGUCUGACAAUGGGUAGCAGAGAACAAGACGAGGGGACAUCCUGUGGAGAGUCAUCUUUCCAACUUGUUUUAACUAAUGAAAGCUGUUUGAGCUGUGAGCCCAUUGAGAAGGAUUCUUUUAUAAAACCCAGUCAGCUUAUAAGAGUCUUUCUUGACUGGACUGAUAAAGAAUACGAAUUAUAUGAUGCCAGCUAUCUGAGGGAUCUCCCUGAAGUUCACAAGACCGGAUUCACUGUGAAAAAAACCCGGCAAGAAGCUAUUUCGUUGUUUUCAUGCUUGGAGGCAUUCUUGACUGAAGAACCUCUAGGACCUGAUGACAUGUGGUACUGCCCUAGAUGCAAGGAGCACAGACAAGCUACCAAGAAGCUAGAUUUGUGGAAAUUGCCGGAUAUUCUUGUUUUUCACUUAAAACGAUUCUCAUACAGUAGAUACCAGAAAAACAAACUUGACACUUUUGUGAAUUUUCCCAUUCACGAUCUUGAUUUGACCAAGUAUGUGAAAAGCAAGGACGGAGAGUCCUAUGUGUAUGACCUUUAUGCAAUCAGCAACCAUUAUGGUGGUCUAGGAGGUGGGCAUUACACUGCGUAUGCUAAGUUGAUCGAUGACAAUAAAUGGUACCAUUUCGAUGACAGUCAUGUCAGUCCUGUUACUGAAGCUGAAAUUAAAUCUUCAGCUGCAUAUGUGCUGUUUUAUCAGAGAGUUAGAAGUAAAAGCCAGAAGGAAGGAGAGUUAUCUCAGGUUCAUACAGGUUCUUAUAGACAGUGAUGGGGCAUUUUUUUGUUUAGUUUUGUGCCUGGAUUAUAUGCUUAACCCGAUGCGGAGCUUACGUCCUGGAUAGUUAUUAUACUUUGCAGUGCAACACAGGAAGCUUGAAGACAAAAUGUUACCAUGUCGUAACAGCAAUUAAGUAAAUGUUUUAGGUGAGGCUCUUUAAAAAACAUGUUCUUUGGAGUAUCAGUUUAUCGCUACAGGAAUGAUAUCAUUUUUUGAUAGAGAAAUUUUGGCAGCCUAUGAACUUGCUUAGAUAUUGAUGUUAUUUCAUUUCAUCGGUUAAAACAGAUCAUCAUGAAUUGAUCAUCAUUGCCGUUUGACAGUUGUAUAUCAUAAUGUGCUUAAUAGGGAAGCUUGUGUUUGUGAAAGAAUUUGUACCCACCCUCCAUUAUGUUGUUAGGAUUCUGGGACCUAAUAUCAUGCAACAAUUACAUAAAAUGUGUGGAAGAGAUUAUAAACAGCGGCUGAUUAUAUAUAUAUU